AGGUAUGGUUCAUUCAAACAGCCAAACAGCCCAAACCACGCGUGCCGUAGCACAUUCCCCACUUCAAGCAAUCCAGCAGAUUGCCCUCUGUGAUAAUAUCACUCGGCUAGUAGCCGCAGGG